AUGAAUUCCUCCAAGCGUUCGAUCUCAAUCCCCAGAAGCUUUUCUAAACUCCUAUCAUGUGGCAGUUUCAGUCUUGUCGCAGUUUCAGACGAGUCUUUGACAGCCUUCAACGACCUUAAGUUGGGUAAGAAGCAUAAAUAUGUGAUUUACAAGAUCAAUGAUUCCAAGACAGAGAUUAUCGUCGAUAAAAUCUCUUCUGACGAGAGCUACGACGCUUUUUUGGAGGCGCUCCCUGAGGACGACUCUAGGUACGCUGUGUAUGACUUUCAAUACGAGAUUUCGUCCACCGAGGGAAAAAGAUCCAAAAUCAUCUUUUUUACAUGGUCACCAGAGACAGCCUCUGUCAGAAGCAAGAUGAUAUACGCUUCCUCGAAAGACGCUUUAAGAAGAGCUUUGAAUGGAGUGUCAACUGACAUCCAGGGUACUGACUUCAGCGACGUUGCCUUUGAGUCUGUGCUUGAAAGAGUUAGCAGGGGUGCCGGAUCUCAUUAG